AUGUCUAGUGAAGAUCAGGAAGGUGAUGAUGAGAUGCUUGAUGAAAGUCCCCAACCAAUGGAAGUCGCUCCAGCAGAAGUUACUAAAGUGGAAAAUCAGGAUCCUGAAUCUAUGAAAUUUACCAUGAAGUUUAAGAAUUUAUCGAACCCUAAAGAAGGACACUACUCUGAUGUGUUCACUGUUGGGGAUUGUAAAUGGCGUGUGGUGAUAUUUCCCAGGGGAAACAACGUAGAUUACUUGUCGAUGUACUUUUCUGUUGCGGACCCGGAUGAUUUGCCAUCUGGGUGGACUAGAUGUGCACAGUUCAGUUUGUCAGUCGUCAAUCAAAUUAAUAAAGAGGAGACAGUGAGAAAAGAUACACAACGACAUAAAUUUACUAAACAACAUAGCGAUUGGGGUCAUAAAAUGUUCAUGCCUCUUGGUGAACUCAACGACCCGGCUAAAGGAUAUCUCGUAGAUGAUACUUGUAUUAUUGAAGCAGAGGCUAAGAUCAUGCCUGACGAUUGGACAUAUGAUUCUAGAAAAGAAACAGGUUAUGUUGGUCUUAAGAAUCAGGGAGCAACAUGUUAUAUGAACUCUCUUCUCCAGACUUUAUAUCAUAUUCCUUAUUUCAGGAAAGCAGUGUACCACAUGCCAACAACUGAGAAUGAUUUGGCAUCAGGAAGCAGCAUCCCUUUGGCUCUACAGACUUUGUUUUAUAAGCUUCAGUACAAGAAAGAUUCCGUCGGAACGAAGGAGCUCACUAAAUCUUUCGGAUGGAAUACGCACCAGUCUUUCAUGCAACAUGAUGUGCAGGAACUUAAUAGGGUUUUGUGUGAAAAGCUAGAAAAUAAGAUGAAGGGAACUGCUGUGGAGGGUACCAUACAACACUUGUUUGAAGGUCACCAUAUGAACUAUAUUGAGUGCAUCAAUGUGGACUAUAAAUCUACUAGAAAGGAGUCCUUUUAUGACAUUCAACUUGAUGUCAAAGGCUGUCAGGAUGUUUAUGCUUCUUUCGACAAGUAUGUGCAAGUGGAGCGUCUUGAAGGUGAUAACAAGUAUCAUGCUGAUCAACAUCAUGGUUUACAGGAUGCAAAGAAGGGUGUACUUUUCACUGACUUCCCACCUGUUCUCCAGCUCCAGCUAAAACGGUAUGAAUAUGAUGUUAUGAGAGACACUAUGGUAAAGAUAAAUGAUCGCUAUGAAUUCCCUCUGCAACUUGAUCUUGACAGGGAGGAUCGCAAAUACUUAUCUCCGGAUUCUGAUAUAAGUGUUCGCAAUCUCUAUACACUUCAGGCUGUUUUGGUUCACAGUGGCGGGGGACAUGGGGGACACUACUAUGCUUUUAUAAGACCAACAGUCUCAGAGCAGUGCUUCAAAUUCAAUGAUGAGAUGGUAACCAAAGAAGAUAUCAAGCGGGUACUAGAAGAGCAAUACGGAGGGGAGGCAAGAUAUUCAAAUGCAUAUAUGCUUGUGUAUAUACGUGAAAGCAAUAGAGAUGAAAUUAUUUGUAACGUGGAGGAGAAGGACAUUGCUGAACAGCUGAGGAUUAGGUUGAAGAAAGAACAAGAAGAAAAGGAGCUCAAGAAGAAGGAAAAAGCAGAGGCUUACUUGUAUACUACUAUAAAGGUUGCUCGAGAUGAGGACCUUUUUCAGCAGAUUGGAAGAGAUGUCUAUUUUGAUCUUGUUGAUUACAGCAAAGUUCGCAGUUUUCGUGUCCAGAAACAAAUGCAAUUUAACCAAUUCAAGGAGGAAGUUUUUAAAGAGUUUGGUGUACCUGUGCAAUUUCAGCGGUUUUGGCUAUGGGACAAGAAACGACAUCAUAUUUAUGGUCGAUACCGACCGUUAACGCUUCAAGAGGAAUCCCAAUCUAUUUGGCAGGUGAGAGAAGUUUCAAAUAAGGUGUCUGUCUAUGGGGGAUGGUGUCUCCAAGACUUAAAGCUGUUCUUGGAAGUAGAGAUUGGUCCGGAAUCACAUCCCAUUCCUCCUCCUUGUUAUACACCAAAACAAGAUAUUCUUCUCUUUUUCAAGCUUUAUGAUGCUGAGAAGGAAGAGAUUCGGUAUGCGGGGAGACUCAUUGUAGAUCGUAAUGGUACGCCCUUUGAAAUUCUUAAAAAGCUUAAUGAGAUGGUUGGGUUCUCUCCAGAUGAAGAACUUGAACUUUAUGAGGAAUCAAAGUUUGAGCCUGAACAGAUAGACAAAAAUCUCACAUUUGCCGCUAGCCGGCUCAUGGAUGGGGACAUUAUUUGCUUCCAGAAAUCUGCUUCAGCUGAUAGAAUAACACAAUACCGCUGUCCUGAUGUUCCAUCUUUUCUGGAAGAUGUUAGUUACCGUCAGGUUGUGCAUUUUUGAUCUUUGGAGAAGCCGAUGGAAGAUGAUAUUUGUUUAGAGCUUUCAAAGGUACUAAAAUAUGAUGAUGUCACUGACAGAGUAGCACGCCAUCUUUGUUUGGAUGACCCAACCAAGAUCAGCAGUUUGGGGAACCAUUUUUCUUGGUUAUCCAUCAAGGAGAGACUUUAGAUGCAGUCAAAUUGCGCAUUCAGGAGAAAUUGCAGGCUCCUGACGAGGAAUUCGCUAAGUGGAAGUUCAAAUCUCCGUCUUGCCCGGGUCAAUCUGAGUACGUUCAGGACUCAGAUAUAGUGUCCAGCCGAUUUCCGAGAAGAUAUGGUCAUAAUUAUGGACCUCGGGAUGAGUGCAUUGGCUUGGAGCAUUCUGAUAGUUCCUCGAAAAGAUCAUAUGCAGCCAGUAAAAGUCUAGAAAUAGCCGGGUAAAUAAAAAGAGAUAGAACAUGAUUCUUUCUUGAUAAGUUAAU